GGAAUUUCAGGUUUCCCUUUUGUGGGUCUCGGGGUAGCGUAGCGGGGACGCGCGUCUCCCUGAUCACCGACACAUUACCAUCUUCCGUUUUCAUGCAUUUUAUCGUAUGUGUUUAGUCUUGGAUAAGGAUGACGGAGAGCGCGGGGAAUAAAAAAGAGGAUUGUCAUGCAGCGAAUGGUGUGAAACCAGGAAGAAAUGGCAUGGUGAAGAACCAUCAUCACCAUCAUCAGUAUCAAAAGCAGGAGAAGGUUUACCAUUCUGCAUGCAAUGGAGAACUUUACAGCAGGCCGUUCAUCGAGUCCUUCGAGGAAACUCCCAUGCUGGUUGCUGUGCUCACGUACAUGGGCUACGGCAUCCUUACGAUCUUUGGAUAUCUGCGGGAUUUCAUGAGGGAGUGGAAAAUAGAAAAAUGCCACAUAGCCAGAGAAAGGGAGGAGCAGAAGGGCUUUGUUCCACUUUAUCAAGACUUUGAGAAUUUCUACACAAGGAAUUUAUACAUGAGGAUUCGGGACAGCUGGAACAGGCCCAUUUGCGGUGUUCCUGGGGCCAAGUUUGACCUUGUUGAGCGGAGUUCCAAUGAUUACAACUGGACCUUUGAAUACACUGGACGAGUGGUGAAGAAUGUGAUAAACCUGGGCUCGUAUAAUUAUCUGGGCUUUGCAGAGAACAGGGGCUUCUGUGCCACAGCUGCUGGAGAUGUGACGGUGAAAUUUGGGGUGGGCGUGGCCAGCACCAGACAGGAAAUGGGCAACCUCGACAGGCAUGAAGAGUUGGAGAAACUAGUGGCGUCAUUCCUGGGAGUGGAGUCGGCUAUGGCUUUCGCCAUGGGCUUUGCAACCAAUUCUAUGAACAUUCCUGCGAUAGCCGGCAAGGGAUGUCUGAUUCUAAGUGACGAGUUGAACCAUGCCUCUCUGGUACUGGGAGCCCGGCUGUCCGGCUCCACCAUCCGGGUCUUUAAGCACAAUAAUAUGCAGAGCCUUGAGAAGUUGCUCAGAGAUGCUAUCGUUCAUGGCCAGCCCAGAACACAUCGACCCUGGAAGAAAAUCCUCAUUCUUGUUGAGGGCAUCUACAGUAUGGAGGGCUCCAUCAUACGACUGCCAGAAGUUAUAGACCUGAAAAAGAAGUACAAGGCAUACCUUUACCUGGAUGAGGCUCAUAGUAUUGGGGCAUUAGGACCGAGUGGUCGAGGGGUGGUGGAGUAUUUUGGACUGGACCCCAAAGAUGUAGACAUCAUGAUGGGCACCUUCACAAAGAGCUUCGGUGCAUCUGGUGGAUACAUAGGAGGGAGGAAGGAUUUGAUAGACUACCUGCGAACUAACUCUCACAGUGCAAUUUAUGCCACCUCCAUGUCGCCUCCUGUCUUGGAGCAAAUCAUCACUUCUAUGAAGUGCAUUAUGGGAGAGGAUGGAAUGACAAUAGGCCGUUCUCGUAUCCAGCGGUUGGCUGAAAACACAGUCUAUUUCCGUAGGAGACUGCGGGAGAUGGGAUUCAUCAUCUAUGGCAACAAUGACUCACCUGUGGUACCCAUGAUGCUCUACAUGCCCGCCAAAAUCGGGGCGUUUGGUCGGGAGAUGUUGAAGAGAAACAUUGGAGUAGUGGUGGUGGGCUUCCCAGCCACGCCGAUCAUAGAGUCCAGAGCCCGCUUCUGUAUCUCUGCGGCCCACUCCAAGGAAAUGCUGGACAGGGCGCUGGAUGUGAUCAGUGAAGUAGGCGAUCUGCUGCAGCUGAAGUAUUCACGGCAUAAAGUUCUUCCCUCAUUGGACCGGCCCUUUGACGAGACCACAUACGAGGAGAACGAAGAGUGACAUACUUCCUAUCUGAACCAAAUGUGCACUGCUCAUCUUCUGCUCUUCGAAAGGAGGCAGUGAACCACUUAAUAAAUAUAACCUUUUUUAUACUUA